AUGGCAGCAGUCGAAUCCAAGUUCGAUCCCAAGGACAUGAUGUUCCGCCACCUUGGCCCAACCGGCCUCAAAGUCUCCGUCCUCUCUCUCGGCGGCUGGCUCACAUACGGCGGCACACAGAAGGGAAACAUCGUGAAAGACUGCCUCGAAGCAGCAUGGAACAAUGGCAUCAACUUCUUCGACACUGCUGAGGUGUACGCCAAUGGACAGUGUGAGAUUGAGAUGGGGCAGGCAUUGAAGGAGCUGGCGUGGCCCAGGGACGAGUAUGUGCUUAGCACUAAGGUCUUCUUUGGCACUGGUCGCAAGGAGCCCAAUACCCGUGGUCUGAGCCGCAAGCACGUCGUCGAAGGUCUCAAGAGCUCUUUGGCUCGCCUUCAACAACCCUACGUCGACAUCGUUCUCGCCCACAGGCCUGACGUUGGCACGCCGAUGAAGGAGAUCGUCGAGGGUUUCACCCAGACCAUCCGCAACCUGAAUCUCGCAUACUACUGGGGUACCUCCGAAUGGUCUGCCGUCCAAAUCAUGGAAGCCACCCAGAUCGCGGAGAAGUACAACCUCAUUGCUCCCAUCGCCGAGCAGCCUCAAUACAACGCCUUCCACCGCCAGCGUUUCGAGGUGGAGUAUGCGCCUCUCUUCCAGCAGUUCCAGUACGGCACCACGAUCUGGUCGCCUUUGGCAUCUGGUCUGUUGACCGGCAAGUACAACGAUGGUAUCCCCGAGGACUCGCGAUUUGCCAACAACAAGAGCUUCUUCGAGGGUACUAUCAAGGGCCUGCAGAGCGAGGAGGGCCAAGCGAAGAUUGCCAAGGUCCGUAAGCUUACGGAGAUUGCUGAGAAGCUCGGUGGCAAUGUUGCGCAGCUUGCUUUGGCAUGGUGUGUGAAGAACGAGAAUGUCAGCACGGUUAUUCUUGGUGCUACCAAGGUUGCACAAAUCGAAGACAAUGUCAAGGCCAUGAAGCUUGUGCCUCAGCUCACACCGGAGAUCAUGGCGGACAUCGAGAAGAUCCUCGACAACAAGCCAGCCGCUCCUUCGUCAUUCGGUCGUGACAGGUAG